UACACUUAGGACGGAAUCUACUCGGAAUCUAGCUCUCUGAAACACAUUCGAUAUUGGAGCAAAUUCCAGAAAAUUUGUAGUAUACCUUUUCUACUUUUUCGGCAUUCGGCUCUCUAAUUUUGUUCCUCCACGUUCCAAGUUCGUAAGAUCAACUCAGGAGCGCUCGAAUCAACUAUAAAUCGAGAGAAAUUCAUAGAAAUCUGGGAAGUCUGAGGAAAUUUGGGAAGAUACCAAAACGCCUAGAGGAAUCGAGAGCCAUCUAUAAAUUUCUAGUGUUGAUAGAAGACUACGUAGCCAGGCUACCAUGAACAAGGCACAGGACUCGGACUCUAAGCAUCGAAAAUCUCUGAAUCUGCUGGACAAGACGAUGCCCAUUUCGGUGGCCACCGCACCACAGUUGCGAUCUCGCCGCCAAUUCAGUUUCAAUGGCCUGCGGUACGAGAUGAAUGGGCUGCUACCAUUACCGCCACCCGCGCCCACGGCCACGCCGCAGGUGCAGCUCUCGAGGCUCCGGGCAGGUGGAGGAGUUGGUGGCUCCCAGGAGCGCAAGCAGACCGGUGGCUCCAGCCACUCGAUGAAUGCCAAAUCUAUCGUCGAGUCAGCCGGCGGCGAUGGUGGUGCAAUGCGGCCGGAUCGAAAGGGUGUCUUGCCCAAGCAUGUCAGUUUGGGUGACAGAGCCUCGCUGAUGAACGGCGGCUUGCGCUUGCCCCGGAGGAGCGAGUUGGGCUUUCCCACAAUGAAACCCACAGCGAAAAGGUCAUCCUCCCAGUUUGCCAUCCAAGUCAAAGGGCUUGACAAGAAGCUGGAGCGUAGGGAUGCUCCAGAACCUAUGCAGGAUCGAGAAGCCCUCAGGCGGGAGAAGAAGCAUCGUGGCAGGCCGCAUUCAAUGGAAUUACAGGAGAGCAGGACAUCCGCCACGGAUCAGUGUGAACUGACCUCCCAGCAGAGCUGGAUGUUGGCCCAGACCCUGCUGAAGGCCUACGGAAGCGGACUGCUGCAAUCGUCCACCGGCAAUGGAGCGUCCUCCAAGAUGGACUACAUCACACUGACCGGAUUGGUACUCGGCUGCGUGGCCUCCCACGUCCUCUUCUUCCUGUGCUGGUACUUCAGUUGGCUGAAGAACCGGGCGAUCGGGCUGCGAAAGCGCUUUCUGGGCAACGCCAAUCUGUGGGAGUUCUUCGACUUGGAGGACACCACCCGGUACUCAGUGCAGACCAAACUAGUCAUGGCGCCGCUGAUCCUCAUCUGCGGCCUGCUCUACUGUGUGGUCAAUCUGCUGCACCUGGUGGUGCAGGUGGUGCGAUCGGAUGUGCCGCGCACAGUGGUUGUGUUUGUCCAGCGUGUGGCAAACAGUGGCCUCCUGGGCACCAUCACCAUGGGACUGGCCGGUGGCGGUGGCGGAGGCAGUGCAGAAAUUCGUGGACGCCAUCAUCAAGCGAUGCGAUAACUCUAGUCACCGGUCCGCCGAGGAUUCAUCGCUUAUCCAAUGCACUAGUGUUAACAUAGUCAUUUGCAAUGUGCGCGUGGCUUCUUAAUUAAAGCACAAUAGUG